GAGAUGCUUGAAAGCACCGCUAUCGAGCCCUUUAUUGGCUCACUGUUCUAUAAGGCAACUGGUAGCCAGGCCGGAACAAGUGUCAUGGUCGCCAUCAUGAUCAUUCUUCUAUCGGUAAGCUGUGUGAGCCAACUAACAGCAGCCUCUCAACAGCUGUGGGCAUUCGCUCGCGAUGGCGGUCUACCCGGGUCUUCAUGGAUCUCGAAAGUGCCACGGAAGUGGGACAUUCCUAUACCGGCCAUCGUCGUCACCUUCAUAAUCACCUGCCUUCUAGCACUCAUCAACAUCGGAUCGAGCGUGGCUCUCAAUGCCUUCAACUCUCUCGCCUCGGUCUCGGUACUUUUCAGCUAUCUGAUGACCAUCAGCUGCGCCGUGAGCAGAAGGAUCUUAGGCCCGAACUUGCCGCCACGAAGAUGGUCACUGGGCAAAUGGGGAAUGCUCAUCAACAUCCUAUCGCUGAUAUUCAUCACACCGAUCCUAUUCUUUGACUUCUGGCCUUUGAUGCAGCCGGUGACGGCACAGAACUUCAAUUGGAGCUCGGUAAUGUUCGCUGGUGUGUCGACGAUAGCGGCAAUCAAUUAUGUGGUCAGCGCCAGGUUCGUUUAUACUGGUCCCGUCAACGAGGUGAAG